AUGCAAGAACGGAGCUUGUUGUGGUGUGGCUACUGCGGCUAUGGCCCCAAGUAUUGUGGAAACGGAUGUUCCAGUAAUUGUGACGCCCAUGCAGAAUGCGGUCAAUACUCAGAGCCUCCUAACCAGGAAUGUCCUCUGAAUGCUUGCUGCUCGCAGUUCGGGUUUUGCGGGACAACAAAAGACUUCUGUAAUGACAAAUGCCAGUCCAAUUGUGUCGAACACCCCAAGCCUCCAGGGGUUGGAGGCCCUCGGAUGACUUUAUCUAAAGUUAUUGGAUAUUGGGAAGCCUGGAACGAUAGAUCCACAUGUCACCCAGGGAAAGCCACUGAUCUUCCGAUCGACGCUUUAACCCACGUCAACUACGCCUUUGCCUAUCUAGAUCCCCAGUCGUUCAAAAUCACCACUAUGGAUGCUGCUACUCCGGUCUCUACUUUCCAAGACUUGGCUGAUCUCAAGCUUUUAAACCCAAAUCUAGAGAUAUUCGUGAGCAUUGGCGGCUGGACCUUUUCGGACAAUGGAACGGCUACGCAGCCUGUUUUUGGAAACAUUGCACAGAGCGCUACUAACAGACAGACUUUUGCAAAUAAUGUUCUUCAGUUCCUCGAUUCGUUUGGUUAUGACGGGGUGGACAUUGAUUGGGAAUACCCUGGUGCCCCUGAUAGGGGAGGCAGCAAAGAUGAUGGCGCUAACUACGUACUAAUGCUCGAGGCGCUGCGCAAGACCUUUGAUGGGUCUGGACGUAAACUUGGAAUUACUUUCACAGCUCCUUCAUCGUUCUGGUAUCUUCGAUGGUUCGAUCUACCUGGCAUGAUGAAGCAUGCAAAUUGGGUCAACCUAAUGUCUUAUGACCUUCAUGGCAUCUGGGAUAAUUCCAAUCCCAUCGGCUCUAUUGUUCAGGGUCAUACAAAUCUUACAGAUAUCAAGCUAGCGGUGGAGCUCUUUUGGCGAGUUAACAUUCCCCCGUCUAGGAUUUCUUUCGGUUUUGGGUUUUAUGGUCGAGGCUUCACUCUAGCAGAUCCUAGCUGCAAGACGCCUGGUUGCCCCUUCAGCGGUGGAGCCAAUCCCGGGCCAUGUACUGGGACAAGCGGAUACCUUGCGUACUACGAGAUCCAAGACAUCCUGAAGAACAAAAAACGUGAUAUCACACCAGUCUACGACAAAGAGGCCGCAGUUAAGUACCUUGCGUGGAACACUAACCAGUGGAUCUCGUAUGACGACGAGGAAACCUUCAAGGACAAGAUCGAAUGGGCCGAUAGUAUUGGCUUCGGUGGUUCGCUCAUUUGGGCUUCAGAUCUUGAUGACUACGAACUCACAGCUCACAAGGCCCUCACGGGCAAGAAAGAUAUCGGCACAGCACUAUCUUUGGCACAAACCCAGAAACCAUUUGCAGCGGAGAUCGACGCAAGCUUUGGUUCAAACUGUUACAAGGAAAAAAAUGAAUUCAAACAAAUGUGCGAUAUCCAAAUGUCCAAGUGGUUGCUUCAAACCGCCUAUACCGGCCGUCUUCCCGAUGGUAACACCAUGAAGGCGGCCACUUUAACCGCCAGCAACAUUGCUGCAGGGUGGAACAAGCCCUACGAUGUCCCUCUGAAUAAGCUAGUUGAGGUUGUCACCGACCAGAAAGAUUGGUUCCCCCCGGAUUGCCCGUCACAGCGAUUUGGUGUCAUAAACGGAGACUACGGCUACAGGUACUCCCUUUUAUACGUUGCCGCCCAAUUGAAUGCUAUUAAGGGUAGAAUAUUCCGGAACGUGAAUCCAUUGAGUGAGGCCAAAUUGAAACAAUUGCUUGACACAGCUAUCGCGGGAGGAUCAGAUGCCGGUUCGGCCAUCAAGACCAUUAUCGAGGUUUUGCAGAUGACUUUUGGUGUCUUCGAAUAUAUAAACGAUUCGAGCAUUGCGAGCACCAUCGAUCGCACACGAGCUGAUCAGCGACGGGAGAUACAGAACAUGGAAAACCAUAUCAGCGAGCUGAGGGGAAUAGCAGCUGUAUGGGAUGAAUUCGAGCCUGCGUAUUAUGCCAUGGUCUCGGCUAGAGCCACUAGAUUUGUACUGUUUACCACGUCUUACAUCACAUUACGUCUGGGUCAAACCUAUGUAAACAGCGACCUAGCGCGGCUAGCUUGGACUGCUGCUCAACUAAGUUAUAAAAUUGAUCGGUUGGUUGUUCAGACUGGCAGCAUUGGUUAG